UAUUUUCAUUGAAGAACACAUCUCAUGACAGAAAUAUGACUUCGACAGGUACCUGACCCCUACCGCUUGAUAAUAACUCAAGCGAACAAUUAUUCCUGUGACCUGGUUACACUUGUGAAUCCGCCAACAACACGAUUCAUGAAAUUUAGAACUCCGGUGUGCCAACAAAAACGAUCUAUCUGCUUGCGGUGAUGGUAGUAUUUUUCGCCGAGUCUCCAGAUAAAAUUUCAGAUAUUGCGCAUAUUUAGACGAAAUACCCUAUCUACCUUUUGAAAGACCCUCGCCGAGUUCACCAAUAUGACAGCGGAAUACAAGCACAGUCCGUUGGGCAUCAUCCUUAUAGUAGGAGCUGCUGUAGCCUUCAUCAUCACAGCUAUCUUCAACGGGGCUUCCGGUUCCUUUGGACGAGACAGUGGUAUAUUUUUAAGUUCGAUCGGGAACCUCUCUGACCGCUAUGCCACCGAGAUAACACCCUCAGGCUGGGCAUUCAGCAUCUGGGGCUUCAUCUACACAUGGCAGGCACUGUACCUUGUCUACGGAAUAACCACCAUCUUCCGUAAAUGUGAAGAUGGCUACCUUUACCAAGCGCCGCCUGUCGUCCCAAUCUACACCUACGGUGUCUACGUCAUCAACAUGAUGCUCAACCUCACCUGGAUCUUCUGCUGGGAUCGACAAUGGGUGAUAGCUAGCCUCGUUAUCAUCGCAUUAAUGGUGUUUUCUCUUCACGUGAUGCUGUUUUGCUGCUACAGAGAAUUCGACAAGGCUGCAAUGGCGUUGAUUAAAUAUGGGAAGAGCUACGAAGUUUGGUUGGUUAGGAUAAUAUGCCACAACGCAUGGGCAUUUUACUGCGGAUGGAUCAGCGUCGCUACGCUUCUGAACUUAACAAUCGUCAUGGCGUAUCGCGGCACAGUCUCGGUGCAGGACGCUUCCACUGUUUCCCUCAGUAUCCUAACAGUUGAACUCCUCCUAUAUUUCUGCCUUGAAACUUUCGUAUUCGACCGCUUCUUGCGGUACCAGUUCAGUCAGUACAUCCCAGUGCUCAUCGCUCUGAUUGGUGGGCUGACAAAAAACUGGCAACCGAACAGUAGGAAUUCUAUUUUCACUGCAGUACUGUUGGGUAUCGCCGUAUGUCUGUCGAUAGCUAAGCUGGUGAUUAUGAUUGUGCGGCAUAAAAAAUCCCCCCUAGCAAACCAAAAGGUCUCUGAAUCCAGCACGCAAGUCAAGGGUGACGAGGCGAAAGCUUGAGACCAACAACCGUAAGAUGUCUGAUUAUACCAGGCUGCAUGCUUACACUGAGAAACUCAUGAUAUAUUGAGAAGACGUUUUGUGCCAAGAUCCUUAACCUUGGGUUUUAUAACUAGAGAGACGUAGACCGUAGUUGGCCGAUUUGAAAAAUUUCAUUCCAAAUUACACCGCGCAAAGCGAUGAAUUCUGCAGCAGUUCAGCGUGCCUUUUAGUUAAAAAAAUGAUUUUGGUAACAAUUUAUAUUCAUAGUGCAAGGCUUUUUACUGCAAAUCUUCAAGUGCCGUAUUGAACUUCUAUGCUACCCAUUUUAAACUGGUAUUGAAUUUGUAUAGAUUGCGUAAUAAACUGUUUCUUGUUAUCGAUGAA